AUGAAGGACAUCGAUCUAAGACUCAUACAGUGUUUGAGCAAUGAGCGCCUAACACGUUGGGCGUAUCUGGUCUUCGUUGUGUCCACGCUGUAUGUUCUGGAGCGUGCCAAGAAUAACAAGAUUCCGCGUGAGAACUUGUUAGGAAUGACGGCGUCGCUGCUGCCCACUGAACUUCCACACAAUAUUGCAGUCACGCACGCGUGUUUAAUAGGUUUUCUAUUGAAAAAGAAAAUGCCAAUUUUCUCGUGCUGGAGUGGCGCUAUUACAGGAGUCAUGCAGUGUCUCGUAGCUGUAAAGCUUCUCAAAUCUUACAAACGAAAUCUUUUCUCAAAGGAGGUCAUGCGUGAUGCGCUUAAGGCUUCUGACAUCGCGCCGGAAAAAUUGAAAGACAUUGGCCGAAUGACGCUAAGGCGAUGGAUGAGCGUGUUUGUGCCGUUGCCACAGCCCAUAGCCAUAUCACUGAGCUACCCUGGUGUAAGCAAAAUUUGCACGGUUGCUUACGCGCAUGUCGGCAAAACAAAAGCCAAAAAGUUGCUCAUGGACGUUUACAAGCACCAAGAUGCAUCAACCAAUGCACCUAUCUUCUUGUACAUCCACGGAGGAGGCUGGGUAAUUGGUGAUCGUCGGGUCCCACCGUUUACUUGUGUCUACAAGGUCGCCUCCAUGGGCUGGGUGGUGUGCGUUAUGGACUAUCGAUUAUCCCCCGGAGUAGCGUUUCCCACUCACUUGAUCGACUCAAAGCGUGCUGUUGCUUAUCUUCGUCGAAAUGCGCGUGCCAAGUUUGAUGCCAACCCGGAAUUUAUCACUGUAGGUGGUGAGUCUGCUGGUGGCCACUUAGCAAGUUUGGUGGGCCUUACAGCGGACGACAAGUCUUUGCAGCCUGGCUUCGAGGAUGUAGACACAAGUGUGCGGGCAGUUGUCGACAACUACGGCGUCCAUGACUUCACAGACCGGCAUGGUAUAUACUACUCUCGUGACAAAGGCCAUGGUUUUCUUUACUACCUCGAGUUUUUGGUGAUGCAGAAGAAGCUCAAGGCCAACAAGGAGGACUUUGAGCGUGCAUCACCUAUUGCCUACUUGGAUGAUGAGCGCGCAGCACGUCGCCAUAGCAUUAUUCCGCCUUUCAUGAUCACACACGGUACCCACGAUAAUACCGUAUCGUUCGAAGACUCGCGUCUGUUCUUUGAUUGCUUGCUCCACUACCGCCAAACUCUCCCCCAAAACAUUCAAGUGUAUCAGAAUAAGCAACUCGGUGGUGUGCAGGAUAUUUUCACCAAGGUGCCAUACGCAUGUCACAUGUUCAACUUCAUUCUGUCUCCGCGAUCUUUGGCGCAUGGGGACGCUGUAUGUGCCUUUCUUGAUAACGUGUUUGAUAAGACUAAGGAGGUACCGCUUGGCGCUCAAAUAUUCCCCCGCCACGUCGAGGACAAAACGGCAGCCUCACGCGUCGACAAAACUGUCUCUGAAGACAGUGUCUCUGCGUCACUGCCUUUGAUAGCAUUGUCAAGGUUAUAA